UUCAUAGCGAAUAAUGAAUUUUUUGGUGUUUAAUGUGAAACCUCUUAUAUCAAAAAUAUUAUAAUAAUUGAUGUCUUCUCUGUGUGGCUCAGGCGCGUGCCUCUGUGCGGGCCUGUCAGUCAGCAUGUCGGAGACGGUAACGUCCGUCGGCUCAGACUGCGUCCUGAAGUGUUCCGCCCAGCACAAACCCGGAGUCCAGUACAGAUCACUGAUGUGGUACAAGGUGGGGGAGCCUCCGUCCUCUCGUCUCUCGGGCCUCCUCACCAAGGACCUCCUUAACGGCACCACACGCUGGUACAUAGGCUUAGAGCGAGAGGUGGAUCUGCUGGGCGAGUCCCGAGACAUCCUCCUGCCCAACGUGACGUGUGCAGACGCCGGCGUCUACGAGUGUCAACUGGCUGCACCCGUGGGCGAGAAGAACCGCGAGGGUCAGGUGCUCCUCACCCUGACAGAUUGUGUCGACGGUCCCACAGAAGCAGACCUGGUGACCGACACGUACCUGGUCAUUUUCGCGGCGGUGCUGCUGAUGGUCACACUUUUGACCUUCUUCGUGAGCUACGGCAGUCUGAAGAACAUCCUCAGAGACAGAAACAAGAGGACAAAGAAAGAAACUUUACUGGACGCUCAGCUCAAACCGCUGGACAAAAAGGACUUAAUGCUCAUUUACACGCUGGGUCCCAAACCCACCACGAAGCACGUCUGCGUUUAAAGACGCUGCCGGAGGAAGAGCGGCAGAACCCAACAGGAAGAACCACAGAUCCACGUGUCCUUAAUUCAUCUGUAACUGGUCCUCAGUUAGACUUUAACACUUCAAAUCGUCACUCAGUUUGGACGCAGCAGCGGGAGGACGCCACCUUUAAACUCACCUGCAGCCUCAUCACUGGGACUUUACAGGAAAAUCCCUCCAACCAGCAACAACAAAAACUGGUUUAACUGGACUUUUCAUCCCAUAUUUUCAUUCAGUGAUGCUCCAAAUACUCUAGCAAAAACUGGUGAAACAGGACGAGGAGCUGGUUACCGGGGCGACCGGGGCGACCGGGGCUCAGAGGGCAGGGCGCGUACCCGCAGGUCAGGUCAGAGGUUUGAACCACGGGUCCUCCUGUCCACACAUGGAAGUGUCCCCGAGCGAGACAAAAGGUUUGCUGAACAGCGGUCCCCGUGGCCACAAGUGACAAUUAUGGGAUGUUUAAUCCUUUAAAACCUGAAGCGACCUUACUUUUUUCUUGUGCUGCUUUCAGACGCCUUUUACAAGCGU